CAGUACUUCUCGUAGGUACAGUAGGCAUUACGACCUCUCCCAGGUACAUUCCGACCUUAAAGCUCCCGCCUACACCGUCUUGUGUUCACCCAAUUUACGCUCCUUAAGCUGUCUUCAAGGCAGCGAUUUCCAAGGUUCGACUCUCAAGUCUCUACCUGCCUCGCCCCAUUCACAAUUUCCGUAAACGGAUCGAGCACUCGAGUGCCGUCUCUCACUCUCCGCAAGUCUCUCCUUGGCGAACAAGCAAGGCGAGAGAGCGGAAGAAGGAGAGAGAGGCAUAAGAAUAGGAAGGGGGAAUAAAUAAUCAUACAACCAUCCACCAUGCCUCUCGACACAUCAGCAUACGGCCUUGCCCUGCUCCGCGUCGACGGCCGUCGGUGGAAUGAGCUACGUCAAAUGCGCGCCCAGAUGCGGACCCAGGCCUCCGCCGACGGGUCCUCAUACCUAGAGAUGGGGAACACCAAGGUCAUGUGCGUGGUCGCGGGACCAACGGAGGACGGCAAGCUACAGCAGCAGAGGCGCGCCGGCGGCGGCGGGAGUGGAGGCGGUGGUGCUGCCCCGGGCUCCGGGGGCAACGCUGAGGUUAUCGUGAGCAUCGUGGUCGCCGGGUUCAGCUCCGUGGACCGCAAGAAGAGGACGCGCAACGACAAACGCAUCCUAGAGCUACAGACGACAGUGUGCCGCGGCCUCGCCGCGAACCUGCACACGCACCUGUUCCCGCGGUCGACCAUCGGCGUGUCUCUGUACGUGCUCGCGCAGGACGGGAGCCUGCUCGCGGCGCUCUUCAACGCGGCGACGCUCGCGCUCGUCGACGCGGGCGUGCCCAUGGCCGACUACCUGGUCGCGUGCACGGCGGGCAGCGCGCCGUCGCUGCCCCCGGCGGCCCGGGGCGGCGCCGCCGCGGCCGCCGCCGACGACGCCGCCGACCCGCUCAUCGACCUCAACGCCCAGGAGGAGACCGAGCUGCCGUGGCUCACGCUCGCCACGCUCGGCGCCACCGACCGCGUCGUCGCCCUCGUCUGCGAGACCCGCGUCCCCGACGCCCGCCGCCUCGAGGCCAUGAUGGCCGCCGCCGCCGACGGGUGCGCCCGCGUGCGCGCCAAGCUCGACCGCGCCGUCCGGCGGCGCGGCCGCCGCGUCCUGGCCGGCGAGGGCCUCGGCGGGGCCGCAGAUGUCCCGGCGACGGGCGGUGGCGACAGCGACGAGGACGUGGGUAUGGAUUUGGACUCGGACUCGGACGCGGACGCGCCGCAGGAGGAGGCGCUCAAGGUGCUGGAUAGGCUCGAGAAGGAGACGGAGGGGGGAAAGGGGAAAGGGAAGAGGAAAAAUUAACGAAGGAUGGAAGAGCGAUGAUGAGAUGGCGGCGGAGAAAAGGGGGCGAGACGAGACGAGACGAUAGGUAGAUGGGGCAUAUUCGUGUAGCGUUUGGCGUUGGCGGGUAGGUUCACGGU